AUGUCAAGAAGAGAGAGAACUUUCAUAUCAGAUGAGCAAAAAGAUGCCCUCAGAUCUGCAUUCCAAGAAGGAAUUACCAGUGUGGGCUCACCAAUGAUUGCUGCAACGGCGGAGGCCACUGGGAUCUCCUGCGGAACAAGCCCUGAGAUGAGGGAGCUUAAAGUUAAAAAGCACCUUAAGCAGCUCAAGUUAGAGGUAUCCAGUCUUGAGAUCCUGGGGGUGGAAACUGCUGUGAGGUUGUUCGAUUGUCAGAAGCCCAACUUAGAAGUACUUGAAGUAAGCAGCAAAGGAGCUGCGGCUUUUUUGGAUUCAACUGAGACCCUCAGCAGUUUUGCUUUGCAUUUUAAAGGAAGCUCUUCUUCUGCUUUUGCUGCCAAAGAGCCAGUUGAUGCCCAAGUUAAGAAGGUGCAGGAGGUAUUCAACCAAAAAUACAAUGAAGCGGGAGGCAGUGGGAGGCUACCGUACCAGUCUCUUCAAAAUCAUAGCAUCAUCAUAAAUGCUUCUGGACUACCUAACGGCCUGACCCUGAAAAAGCCAUCCCACUAUGGAAGAAAACAGUUAGAAGACAUUUUAAAAGCUGCAGAGCAAAUUUCUUUUCAUAUAGUUGAGUGGUUUCUUCAAGGAGUUGCUGUAGAUGCUGAUAUCUAUGUACAGAGUGUUGAGGAGGGAGUUCAAACGUGUGAUAUCGUGGUGAUGACUGCAAAUGAUACUGAGAGUGAAAAUCAGACACAAACUGUGGAAGAUAUGUUGGAGGGAAUGUGUGGAAAUGGUGUGCAGAGCGCUGGAGAGCCUGUGGAAGUGUCAGGAAAUGAUGCAGUGCUAACGGCUGCAAGUGAUGCUGUUAACUUUUGUUGCAUCUGCCAUACUCACUUCAACGACAAAAAAAAGAAUGCCAUGAAGAAAUGGCGCGAGUGGCGUCAGUGCAGGACAUGCCAGCUGUGGUCACACUUGGCAUGUGGUUUCAAGAAGAAGUUAUGUGUUCACUGCCAGCAUCACAAGUCCUAAUGUACA